AUGGCGGAUUCGCUAUUCGGGAGGAUUCUUGCAAAAGCUGACGUUUUUUACCGCCAUCAACAAAACGAUGAACCUGAUCUCACAGAGGGUGAUAAGCGUGGAAUUCUUGAAGAUUUGAUGACCACCAACAAAGCAUUGUUUUUGCAGAGUAAAUAUCAGACGGUCGCUAUUUUCAGAUUGCAGAUGAAGAAGCGGCGAUAUUUGAUGCUACAAAAGCUGAAGGAAAAGGGAACAUAUUUCUCCGAUGAGAAGAUGAGAGAACGCGAACCGUAUCUCUACGACGUGAUGGUGGGGAAAUUCACUUCUGAGAAAGGUUGGUUUUUUUCCUUUCCAAGGCGCAGUCCUGUGGUACUCCAGCCACUGAACUCUUCCCUGUGCCGUUAUUACUUUUCCUCAUCAUACUAG